AUGACUUCCAUGCGAACACCCAUCCGCUUCCUCUCGGGGGAGAUCGUGGAUGAGUUGGAAGCCGAUGACUUCGAUGCGAUUGUCCAGGCGGAGAAGCCUGUGAUGGCACUGAAAAGGCACUUGGCAGCUUUGACUGGGAUUCCCAGGUUUCGACAACAGCUUUUGCAGGAUCGCAUCCACUUGUUGGAUGACGCUUCCUUGACAUCAGACUUAGAAUUGCAGCUGGUGAUUCUGGACUUUCAACCGAUUGAUCUUAUGAGCAUCCUGGAUUUCAUAUUGGCAUGCUGUAAGGGCGACGCGGUCCAAGUGGAAGAAUUUCUUCAGAAACCAAUCGAUCCAAAUUCGCGAGAUCCCCACAAAGAGGUAGCAGCUCCACUCUGGGCGGCAGCAGAUAGUGGCAGCUUGGAGGUGGUGCGACUGCUACUGGAGGCUCGAGCUGACAUGGAGUCUACAGUACAAGAAGGCUCAACAGCUUUGCAAGCAGCCAGUGGGAAAGAGCACUUGGAGGUAGUACGAGAAUUGCUGCAGGCAGGAGCCAAUAAGAAUGCUGCGGCACUCAAUGGUUUCACGGCUUUAAAGCUGGCCAGUAGCAAGGGGUAUGUGGAGGUGGUGCAAGAGUUGCUAAAGGCAGGAGCUGAGACGGAGAGUCUGGGUCGAAAUGACAAAACUGCUUUACAUUUGGCCAGUCUGAAGGGGCACUUGGAAGUGGUGCAAGAACUGCUGGCGUCCAGAGCUGACACAAAUGCUACAGCAGGUAACUCAACCGCUUUGCACCUAGCUUGUGGCAAUGGGCAUUUGGGAGUGGUGCAGGAGUUGUUGAAGGCAAGAGCUGACCAGGACGCCGUCGUGCAAGAUGGUAAAAGGCCUUUGCACUUUGCGUGCAUCAAGGGGUACCCAGAUUUGGUACGCGAACUCUUGGUCGCUGGAGCUGAUAAGAAUCCUGCUGCACGCGAUGGUCACACACCUUUGCACGGGGCAACCGCCUUUUCGCACUUGGAAGUGGUGCGAGAAUUGCUGAUGGCAGGAGCAGAUGAGAAUGCUGCCAAAGGAGAUGGUUGCACAGCAUUGCAUUUAGCAGCUCAGGGCGGUGAUAUCAAGAUGACCAGAUUGCUACUUGAGUUUGGAAUUCAUACGGAGUCGCAGAGACACGAUGGUGCCACGGCUUUGUACUUGGCCUCCCAGGGGCGCUAUCGGCUGCCGAAGUCCAGAGGCCCCGGGGCCGAAGUUCGGCUCACAGAACGCGUGGGGAGCUGGAAGAAGGCGCAAGCCGGCCGUGAGGCGAUCUGCGGGGCACGCUUCGCGCUUCAGCAGCCUGUUCAUGAGGAUGGUCAGGCCCUCGUGGUUACGCAAACGCGAAGAGGUUGCCCAAAGCCAGAUUUUGUUCAAGCUGAGCUUCCGAAAUCCUGUUCCAGGUCUUCCGAGUCCAGCACGCUCUUGUGGUCGACGUUGAGACAUCCCAACUAA